UGGUGAGUUUGCCACGCACAAUACAAAAAAUAUAAAACGUCAAUCAGAAAACAGUGUGAUUUGAUUUUGAACGAUGACAAAUUUGUGGGAAAAAGAAUCAAAGAAUGUUGAUGCCCAUUUUAUCGAUUUAUUUGCUGAUAUUCGUAAUAGCAAAUCAAUCGAUGAAUGGAAUCGUCAACUUCAAUCAUCUUGGAAACAUCGUUUUGUGUUGGCUGUCUUUGAUGCUGUCAAAAAUAACGACACUGCCAACUUUUUUCGAAACGAAGGAAAUUUGUAUUUCAAGCAAAAAUCCUGGAUCGAAGCGAUGGAAUUAUAUAGUAAAAGUCUAAGUUUUGCCGAGCCCGGAACCGUUAAUCGUAGUUUUUCGUACGCAAGUCGAGCCUCGUGUUUUUUUCAAAUGAAAAACUACGAUAAAUGUCUUAUUGACAUUGAAUUGGCUGUUCAGUCAAACUAUCCGGAACAAAUGAUGCCAGUUUUAAUGAAACGUAAAGAAGAUUGCGUGCGUUUGAUGAAGCAACACACUGCUGAUACUCCGUUCGAUCCGAAACUCAGUUUUAUUGCAAGUGAAAAGUUUCCAUGCAUGGCCGACGCAAUUGAAAUCCAGCAAAAUAAGGAAUUUGGUCGACACAUAGUCGCCCGGUGUGACAUUGAUGUGGGUCAAACCAUUUUGGUCGAAGAAAAUUUCGUGUCAACAUUCAGCAGCUUUGAUCGUAUUAAUUGCUACGAAUGCAUGCAAACUAUGAAGAAUUUCCUUCCGUGCAACACAUGUGUUGAUGUUAUGUUUUGCAGUGUUGAAUGUGAACAACGAAGUGUUAUUCAUCAAAAAUGUUGCGAAACAAAUUUUAAUCGUAUGCCGCUCAAUGUUCAGUAUAUUGGAAAAUCGAUUUUGAUUGCAUUAUGCGCUUUCAACGGUGCCAAAGAAUUGAUGGAUUUUACUGAAAAUGUCUUAUCAAAACGUACAACCAGAUUACCAGAGGCGGCCAACGAUGCAAAAUCAAAAUAUGCCUUUUUCUUGAGCCUUCAAUCGGCCGCUAAAGAAACACUCGACAUUGUUACCGUUUACAAGGUAUUCACUGCCAUUUUGGACAUACCAUUCGUUAAAGGCGAAUUCCAUACUGAAGAACGUCGGCGAUUUUUAAUGCAUUUAAUUGGCGAACAUUUUUUAAUCAUCUCGAAUAAUUCGUACGGCGGUUCAUUGUCAAGUGCAUCAACUGUUGGGACAACAGCUCUCGUUAUGUCUUUCUUUAAUCAUGCGUGUGCGCCAAACGUAUUCAAUUCGUCGGCGUUCAAUAAGGAAAUCUGUAUUACAAUGCGACCAAUCAAAAAGGGCGAACAAUUAUUUGUAAAAUACCUAUGUGGCGAACGUACAACGAGAGAACGCCAAGCAAUACUAUUGACGCAAUGGGGUUUCCUCUGUAAAUGUGACAAAUGUAUUCCAAAAUGCUCACAAGCUGAUCGUAUGAAGAUGAAAGCGGAUCCAAAUUUCAAGCAAUUAUAUCCAGCUUUUUCCAUCAAUCUUCAACACGCAAACUACACAGUUUUGGCAAGCAAAUGUGUUCAAUUCUUACGCACAUAUGGACAUUUACCAUGGUCUGAAGAAAUGGAUGUCGCUUUGAAAACAUACACCAAAUGCUUAUUGGAACCAUUUCCAUUUUCGUAAUUUUUUUGAUUUCAUGAAACUCAAUUUUUUUCGGAUUCAUUUGAUAAACUUUUUGUCACUUUUUUAUGGUCAAUUUUUUAAUUCGCCACCUUUCAUUCUUUUCAAUAACAUU